UUUAGUUAACAAAAAAAACAGAAAAGAAAUUGAAAGUGUCUCUCUUGUUUGGUUUUGGGGUGGUGGGGGUGCUUAAGCUUGAGCAAGAAGGUAAUGCAAACGAACCACUAACACAUAUUACCCAUAAUCUAAUAUCUGGAGGAUGAAGAAGAUGAACGAUUCUACUUGACAAUCCAAUUUUGAGUUUUGGCAAAUUUCUCUCAGAUUCCGAGGAGGAAGAAAAAAAAAAACCAAACCCUAAGAAAAAUUGUGUAUCUCUCUCUCUCUCUCAGAUUCGAUGAGUCCGGAGAAUAAAUUGCUACCGAAGAGGAUCAUCCUUGUACGGCACGGUGAAUCGGAAGGGAAUCUAGACACAGCGGCAUACACAACGACUCCGGAUCACAAGAUCCAGUUAACCGAUUCCGGUUUGCUUCAGGCUCAGGAAGCUGGAGCUCGUCUCCACGCCUUGAUUUCCUCCAAUCCUUCUUCCCCCGAGUGGCGUGUCUACUUCUACGUUUCUCCUUACGAUCGUACCCGAUCUACGCUCCGUGAGAUCGGACGCUCCUUCUCCCGUCGCCGUGUGAUUGGUGUUCGCGAGGAAUGUCGGAUUAGGGAACAGGAUUUUGGGAAUUUCCAGGUUAAAGAGCGUAUGAGAGCCACCAAAAAGGUCAGAGAACGAUUUGGCCGCUUUUUCUAUCGCUUCCCGGAAGGUGAAUCCGCCGCCGACGUCUUCGAUCGCGUCUCCAGUUUCCUAGAGUCUCUAUGGAGAGACAUCGACAUGAACAGACUACACAUCAAUCCGAGUCAUGAGCUGAACUUUGUGAUUGUCUCCCACGGCUUAACAUCGCGCGUGUUUCUGAUGAAAUGGUUCAAGUGGACCGUGGAACAAUUUGAGGGACUAAACAAUCCCGGGAACAGCGAGAUCAGAGUUAUGGAAUUAGGACAGGGAGGUGAUUAUAGCUUGGCGAUUCAUCACACAGAGGAAGAGUUGACGGCCUGGGGAUUGUCACCAGAGAUGAUUGCAGAUCAGAAAUGGCGGGUUAACGCACAUAAAGGCGAAUGGAAAGAUGAUUGUAAGUGGUAUUUUGGUGAUUUCUUCGAUCAUAUGACAGAUUCGGAUCAAGAGUGCGAGGCUGAGCCCACUGAAGAAGAAGAAGAUGAAGUAGAGGGGAAAAGAGUAAAUCUGCUAACGAGUUCAGAAUAUAACAAUGAGGCAGAGUUAUACAAUGGAAAGUGCUGCUGAUAAUUUUACAGAACAAAAGGAUACAUGAGAAGAGACCAUUAACUACAGAAUUUGGACAAAAAUUGGAUUUUGAUAAAGCUCUCUGAUUUCUUAGUUGGUGGAAAAGUGUGUACAAACUUGUAUCUGGUCUAUAGAUACACAUCUUUAUAACACCCAUUACAUGAAAGUUUGAAGAUUCAUUUUCUUGUGUCAAAGCACUUGUCUUUGUGAAAGAAAGUUACAAAAAAAAUGUUCCCUUUAUAUGUUGGCUAAGAAAUCUUGAAUUAUUGGAAAUGAUCCAUUUAAUCA